GGUGUGCAGCAAGUUGGGACGAUGGUGGUUUUUGGCUGGGAGCUGAUGGUGUGUGUGUGUGUGUGUGUGUGUGUGUGUGUGUGUGUGUGUGUGUGUGUGUGUGUGUGUGUGUGUGUGUGUGUGUGUGUGUGUGUGUGUGUGUGUGUGUGUGUGUGUGUGUGUGUGUGUGUGUGCUCGAGGGCCCCAUCCUAGCACUGCUCCACCACCAGGUGGGGCCUGUAAAAGGCUCCCAGAUUCUCAUACCGGUUUCCACUGUAUUCACCAAGCAGCAGACUGAAGGUUUUUUGGGGACUUCUUUGUCUUGCAAAUAAACCGUCUACGCACAUCAGACAAGGUCCAUUGUCCUCGUGUUUAAUCUGGUGCUAUGAGGUGUAGUCAGCGGCUAUCGGACCGACGGACAUGGAAAUAAACCGGACUGUGCACACCUCAGACAGUAGUAGACAGUUGUUGUAGUAAAACUACUACUAGUAGUAGGUGAUAGCAUGGAUUGUAGGUUAAGCCAAGGGUGAAGUGAGGUUACACUUCCUAUGCAGAUGAUUUCUCUCAGCACGCUGAAGGAAUCAGAGAGAGAGUUCUGCUGGUCAGAAGCGCUCUACCGAGACACACGUUAGCAAGGACGUGAGGAAUCUUUGAACUUGGAGUGCGUUCACAGAACUGUUUGCUGUUCAGGGCACUGUUGGCCUUUUAGUUAUUUUUUUAAUUCAGAUGCAGCAAAAUCUUGGCUGUAGUUUUUACUGGCAAAGACGAUUUUUUUUUGUCCUUCCCACCAUCUCUGUCAAUAGUUUUGUGGGUGCUAAUGUAUUGUUGUUAUUUUGGCCCUCUAUUUGUUGUUCUGUGCUGGUAAUUAUUUCAUAACACCGACUAAUUCUCUGUUUCAUGUCCACAGGGCAGGCAAUCUGUAGCAACACCAAUGGAAUCGAAGAUUACUCGAAAUAAGCAAGUCCUUGCAGAAGGACCUGGAGUCAUGAUGCAGGACCCUGGGUCAGAGACGACCAGCGACGGCCCAGCCAAUCAGAACGGUGGCGGCCCCGCAACAGAGGGCGGAGCCAGGGAAGGCCCGCCCAAGAGCGCCACGCCGACGGGGGAGGUGAGCGCGGCGGACAUCCUGCACCUCCAGCAGCACCAGGCCCUCCAGGUGGCACGACAGAUCCUCAUGCACCAACAGCACCAACCACAGCACCCACAGCACUACCAACAACAACAACAACAGCAGCAGCAGCAUCUUCACGCGCAGCAGCAGUCGAACGCCGGAGAGAAGUCGCCGCUGGCCAAUGAGAAGCAGCCAGGUCUACAGGUGCCAGCGUCCGCGGCUAUGAUGACACCCCAGGUGAUCACCCCCCAGCAGAUGCAGCAGAUCCUCCAGCAGCAGGUCCUGAGCCCCCAGCAGCUCCAGGUCCUCCUGCAGCAGCAGCAGGCCCUCAUGUUACAGCAGCAGCAGCUCCAAGAGUUCUACAAGAAGCAGCAGGAACAGCUCCACAUCCAGCUCCUCACACAGCCGCAGCAUGGAGUUAGCAAGCACGGCAAAGAGGUGUCGGCCCAGCAGCUGGCCUUCCAGCAGCAGCUCCUCCAGGUCCAGCAGCUCCAGCAGCAGCACCUCCUCAACCUCCAGAGGCAGGGUCUCCUCAGCAUCCAGCCCGGCCAGGCGGGCAUGCCCCUGCACUCCCUCACUCAGGGCAUGAUUCCCGCCGAUCUGCAGCAGCUGUGGAAGGAGGUGGCGAGCGCGCACGUGAAGGAGGAGCACAACAACGGCGGCCAUCACCACCACAACAACAACAACAACAACAAUGGCCACCGGGGCCUGGACCUGUCCUCCCCGUCCCUGCCAAAGAACCCCCACCACAACCAGCACACCCCCACCAACGGACAGUACCACAGCCACAAGAGAGACGGGUCCUCGCUAGAAGAGCCCUCCCACCACAGCCACCCCCUCUACGGUCACGGCGUGUGCAAGUGGCCCGGGUGCGAGGCGGUGUUUGACGACUACCACUCGUUCCUCAAGCAUCUGAACAACGAGCACGCGCUGGACGACCGGAGCACCGCUCAGUGCCGGGUGCAGAUGCAGGUCGUGCAGCAGCUGGAGCUACAGCUAUCCAAGGACAAAGACCGUCUACAAGCCAUGAUGACUCAUCUCCAUGUCAAGUCGACAGAGCCCAAAGCAUCGCCACAGCCGCUCAACCUGGUGUCCAGCGUCACGCUCUCCAAGACGGCGUCGGCGGCCUCGCCGCCCCUCAGCCUGCCGCAGACCCCCACCACGCCCACCGCACCCCUCACGCCGCUGUCCCAGACGCACUCGGUCAUCACCGCCAACAGCCUGCACAGCCUGGGGCCCAUGCGCCGACGCUACUCCGACAAGUACAGCAUGCCCAUCUCCCCAGACAUCGUGCAGAACAAAGAGUUUUACAUGAACGCAGAAGUUCGGCCGCCCUUCACGUACGCGUCCUUAAUAAGACAGGCGAUCCUGGAAUCACCGGAGAAACAGCUAACACUAAACGAAAUCUACAACUGGUUCACACGGAUGUUCGCCUACUUCCGGCGCAACGCGGCCACGUGGAAGAACGCAGUCCGCCAUAAUCUUAGUCUUCACAAGUGUUUUGUGCGGGUAGAAAACGUAAAGGGGGCCGUGUGGACGGUGGACGAGCUAGAGUUCCAAAAGAGGCGGCCUCAGAAGAUCAGCGGAAGCCCGGCGUUGGUGAAGAACAUCCAGACCAGCCUGGGAUACGGCCCGGCACUCUCUGCCGCCUUCCAGGCUUCGAUGGCAGAACACAACAUACCUCUAUACACUACGGCCUCCAUGGGAAGCCCCACCCUCAACUCGCUGGCCAACGCCAUCCGGCAGGAGAUGAACGGGGCCAUGGACCAUGGAAACAGCAACGGCAGUGACAGCAGCCCCGGGCGUUCGCCCUUGCCAGCUAUGCACCACAUCAAGGAGGAGCCCCUAGACCCCGAGGACGAGGGCCCCCUCUCCCUGGUGACCACGGCCAGCCCCGACUUCGACCACCACAGAGAUUACGAUGACGAGCAGGGGCACGUGGACAUGAUGUGAGGCCUCCCGCUCUCCCUCCCCCUCCCCCUCGCUCUCCCUCUCUCUCUCUCUCUCUCCCUCGUGCUCACUGUUACCAACGCCCCCGGCCCCUCCCCCCCCGGUCCACCUGAAGGCCCGCCCCUCCCGGCCCCCGCGGAAAAGGUUUCCGCGGACGGAACGACCGACGGCUCGCAGCUCCAAGCCCCUCCCCCCAACCCACCACCCACCAACACGCCCCUGAAGGAACGUUUUGGGUGCCAUGACGAUACAGAGAGGAGAACACUGAACAGUGAUACCGUCCCGCGCGGGGAUGGCCGGUCUCUCUUCUGUCUUUCUUUUGUUUCUUUUAUUUCUUUCCUACAUUUCGUUGGAGCGAAACUCCCCGAAAACGGUUUGGGAAAAAUAAACAGAAUUUCUACUUCUAUCGGGGCGUUGGGGACGGACCUAGGGGGAUGUGGGGGGGGGGGGGCUUUUUUUCGGCGGGAAUUUACGGCGGGAACCCCUCAAAGUUCCCCUCACAGCCAAGACGGACUGCGAUCCAAGCACCCCUCUCCUCCCCUCGCACCCCCUCCCCACCACCCCACCUCCACUGCCAUAGGACGUACGUCUGUCAUCUCCUCUCUCUCACACAUGCACACAAACGGACUCAACUCUCUCUCACAGACAUUCAUGUGACCAUAUGCUCUGUACGGACAGAGCAGAGAGAGAGCGAGAGAGAGAGAGAACGAGAGACAUUCGAUUUACACGCGUCGGACGUGAGAGAAAGAGGUUAUGUCGGUGGACAACUCGAACCAUCGACACUGCCUUUCAACACUUUCCUUGGUUGGCGUCCUCCUUUGACCGGGAUGAACUAUCGUGGUUUCUGUUUUUAAAUGGAGGGGGGAGGGGUUGCUAGUGUAUAUCAAAAUAUCUAUUGUGUGUUUGUCCUCCAUUUGCUGUUGCAUCUACAUGUCGCUCUGGCGUUUUUUGUUUUGUCGUUGUAAUUAUUUCAUAUUUUUUUGUUUUGACCUGAUCAGACCUCAUACGUUCGGCUGGGGAGAUUCAUGUGUGCUCGGCCCCUCGAUGAUGAAUGUUUUAGUGGUUUUUAAUUCUGUGUUUUGCCCCCUCUCAGCCCCCUCCCCCCUCCUGUAGACAAUUUGCGGUCGCCAAGCAGAAUGUCAAGUUACGAAAUCAUAUUUUUCUGUCAUUUAUUCGACAAUAUUCCGAACGCCACCAACCUGAACCAUAGGCCACACCUACACAUACACACACACACAAACACACACACACACACCCUGUUCCAUGAAGUCCGUGGGCAAUGCACUACUCGUAAUGAAGGUUCUCUCGCCACGCAUCAAUGAAGUCUAAUUUAACCUACGAAUGAAUGACAGAGAAAUCGUGCCGGUUAUGAUUUGUCUCCUGGAAUUAUACUGUAGGGGGUAGGGGGGGAGACAGGUCCUUCCAGUGGAGCAUGUCUAGGGCCAAAACCAACUAAAUCCCAGAUAACAACACAAGACGUUUUUAUAUCUCUCUCUCUCUCUGUGUUGAGUUGUAUUUUUUGCUUCCACCGCCACGCCAUUCAGGCGUCUUUAGCCAAUCACGCAUCAUCUUUCGUUUCUUUCUUCCAUGGCAGAGCAAUUACGUUCAUCGCGGUUUGCCGACUUUUAAAUGAGGACCCAUACCCCUUUCUUCAUAUAAUUCGUCACCCCCGCGCGACAUGGCAGUUCGCCGUUUUAGCGGUUAGGCCGUGAUAAACAAUGCACCAAUCAGAGGAUUCAUUUCAUGGAGCGGCUACCCCGAAAACUCGCAAUAACCAAUGACUGAACAUUCCAACGUUCGACAGGCAUGGUCGAGGGCCAAUAGAGAGAGAGUAUACAGUACACACACUGUCGAUGGAGAUGGGUUCAGCACACUCGAGGGUCAAUACCCCUGUCCAAGUUGGUCCAGACUGCAACUAUUAAUGUGUUGCAAAGCAAAAAUAGACACAUUUUAAGAUUGAGUGACAAAAGGAAACUGAGUGAAUCGUCAUUACUGUUAAAUCAACCACUUUUUUGUUUUUUAUUUAUAACUUUCCUUUUUAAUGUUUUAACUGGCAUUUAUUGUUGUUGAUGCAUCUGAUACUGUGUUCUGUGAGUACCAAAGAUAAUCUACUAAGUCAAAGAAUUGUUUUUCUCUCCACGCAAUAGGCGACAUAGUGAAAUGGCCAAAUAUUUCUCCUGCGCUCUCUCCCAUCGGAUUAGGAAGGAUUACGUACGACAUCAAAAAUUAUACCAGAUUGAAAUAGACUGGGAGGACUGGGAUAGAAGCUUUGUCUACUUGAUAAAAUAAAAUACAAAAUAAAAACCAAAAUCGGUUGGCUUUAAGCGGACAUCUUUACCGUACCCUACUAUUUUUAGUUUCUUGUUUUUUCAGUGACCAAAACAGAAUGGGAGACGCAGAGAGGGGCCUCCACCAUGUUUAUGACCAAAUUAGGGGAACGGUUUGUCUGCUCAGCCAAUCAGUAGGAGGUACUGUACCCUUACUGCUGUACAGUUGAGAGAAUACAAGUAUAGAGUUGCUGUAAGUUACGCCACUGAUAGAAAUGAACAGAACAUUGCAGUGGGGUUCAAGAGAAAAGCUUUCGCAGAGACAAAUAGGGGAACAUGAAUCUGUACUUUGACUGGACCACAAAAUGAUUCACUGCUAUCGUUUGUCAUGUUUCUUUAAGAGCGGGGGGGAGACUGGGGGUUCUUCAUGACCUCUCGCUGCCUCUUCUUGCGUGUCAGAUCUCAGACGAUUGUAUGCCAUGUUUUGAAGUUUGUUUUUACUCGUCACUUGAGACGUGACUCUUGGCUCCGCUCUGGCUACGGUGGCGAAAAAGAGUGUUGUUGUUUUUUGUUCAUCUUUUGUUGUUGUUUUUGUUCAUCGAUUGUUGUUUGUAGUUCCUGUCCACGUAAAAAACAACAUUUUUUUCAUAUUAAAACAGAAACACUCCUGUCCACCAACUAAAGCUGGGUGCGAGGUACUUCAUGACAAUUGGUGUUUUCAUUGAACCAACCUGUUCACCGUGCAUUAUUUCAACCAGCUUGUAAGAUGUGAGGAGUGAUUUACGAGUUACAUGUAAUGUCCCACCACACACACACACACACACACACACACACACACACACACACACACACACACACACACACACACACACACCACAUUCAAAGGGUCCAUUGCUAAGUCAAGUUAUUCUUGUCCUCAGAAUGUGUGGCUCGACCCCCAGACUAAAGAUAACGGCAUUAGAAGACGUAAUACCUCAUUCCAGACCUAUAGGGAGGGAUUUGGUUUGAACGAGAGGGGGAAAACAUUUCAUUCAGUUGCUCUUCCGUGUCUUGCAUGUGUGUGUGUCUGAAACUGUAGAGAUAUUUAAAACACGUUGAGAGACUCAAAUGAGUUGCUCUUCUGGUGGGAUUCAUGUUAUGUUUUUUUUCCUCUAGUUUUUCUUGCAAACCAAUCUAAACCUCAGGCCAUCAGUUCGCUAACGUUGGGUCUUCUUUGAGAUGUUUUCCACCAACAGGUUGUUCGUACAUUGUCUGUAUCGCCCUCAGUCUCCUUCUCCCCCCUGAAUCCUUCUGUUUUCUGUUGAUCGCGUUUUUCUUUUUCUUUACAAAGAUCCACCAAUGCAUCUGAUUCCGGUGUUGGCUUUCGUCGCCCGUAACCGCUUGGUUCUUUGAAAUAGCUACCAAAUGAGAAAGAAAAAAAAAAGGCUGUAUGUAUUGGAAACGCAAACUGUGCUGCAAAUAAUGUAUUUGACUUAGUAAGCCAAGGCGUUGGAUGACAACAGGAAAAAAAGAGGGAAAAUACGGUAUCCGCAGCGAGUGAGGGGGUUGGGGGUUUGGGGGUCGAACACAAUUUUAUGUAUUUUAAACUGUAAUAUAGAUGAACCAGACUUUUCUGGGUUAUUGUUAAAUGACCUAAGCAUUUUGUACAGAAGAAUUUUUGGUUUUCUCUUUUUCCUCCUCCUCUCUGUGCUGAAGCUGUUUUUUUUUAUACUUGGUUUCGAUGGUCCAACCACUGGCCACUGUGGCCGUCUGUAGACCGCUCUGAGGACCUGGGCGGCGAGGGGGCUGCAUGAGGUAUUCCAGGGGUGGGGGGAUGGGUAGGGGUCGGGGGGGUCGUUAGGGAAUGGGCUCUGGUUAGAGUGGUCUGUAAUAAUAUAAGUGUGUAUCAAACUAAUGAUAUUUUCUAUGAAACUAUCAGGGGGAUAAAGAAAAAGAAGAAAAAAAUAUGCAGUGCCAAGAUGUAAAGAAUAAAGAUUUUUUUUUCGUUUUGUUGAGAAUUGAGUUCACUCUCGCACAUGGAAAAUGUGUCCUUAUCGUCAUCGACAUCCACGUCAUCGCCAUCUUAAUUGUUUAAACUGUUUAGGCGGUUUAAAGAAUAAUUUAGCCCAUGUUCUUCAAUUCUUCUUUUUUUUAACUCGGACCACCUGUCACUGGUGGUCUCGCUGACCCGAGCAUUCGAAACAUGCAAUAAAAUUGCCAGUUGGUCAGAUUGUU